AUGCUUACCUCCCUCCAGGAUAACAAUGAUAACUUGUUAAUCUUCACAGCAGAGUUAUACUUUGUAGCUGUACAUUAUGUAGUCCAGUAUAUCAACGAUCACAUAUUGAAUAGUUUACAAUUUAAAGAGGAUUGUCCAGAGGUAGUUGUAGACUACUCCCCAUAUCGUGCCAACUCUGUGGCUCGCCCCUUCAACAGGAACAUGAUGGACAACAUGUAUAUUUAUGAGCAGAUCCAAAAGUCAUUUGACCACUUGCUCGGGUGGCCUGAGAGACCAGAGAUUACAACUGCCAUGAAACAAAUUCGAGAGUUUGAACUUGGAAACAAGGGAUCAACUCUUAGAGUCGAGCACUCCAACUCUCCCAAGGGUGCAUUCCAUUAUAACAUGAUGAUGCCUUCUACGGGCAAAGACUUGUUGAAGAAUCUAAUGGGACAUCAUAUUCUGACAUCAUUUAUGACUUUGCAUUCGUGUGCUGACGACAUGAACUUGGUCAAGACUUUGUUUCCAAAGAAGAAUACUCGAAUAGUAAUCGACCAUGUCUAUCUACCUGCAGAUUCUCCGAGUUCCAACUCUGACUUCCUAAUGGCCCAAUUGGUAAGCUGUGGAUUGAGCAGCCAAGCUCUUCUAAAUUGGAGGCCUCCAAUACCAAAUCAUCCAAAUGCCAAUGUUGCUCCCGUAGAGGUCCUAGAACAACAACAAGACAACGGACUCAAGGUGGACCAUGGUCAAUCAUUCAUUCACUCAGUCAAUCAGUCAAUCAGUCAAACUCAAGGGAUUACUGAGUCACAUCAUCAAGAACAGGGACUCCAGGUCCAAACUCAGGUGGAUAGGUAUAAUCCCCUUGAGUCUAUUAUUGAUAGUUCUGCCAUAUCACAACAAAAUGUGUUUGGACAAUCGCAAUACCCAUCAGAAGUAAUCCCAGAGUACAUUGACCAGCUGAUUGAAGAGGAGAUAGACAUUCAAUCAAGGGCACUUCUACUGCUUGCCAAGAUGGAAGAUAUCUCUCAUUGGACCUGUAAACAUAUCUUUAGCAGGUUUGAUCGGUGCUUGGACCUCCUGGGUCCACUUGUCAGCCACAGGAGUCUAGACAACAUGUUCCAAACAUUGCUCAUCAUGUUGAAUUUGGACAACAAGAGGUACUUCAAAUCAUAUCUUAACAAAGAUGAGUAUUAUAUUGAUAUGUUCAUAUAUUCAUUGGACUAUAAUAGGGAUGACAAGAACAGAGUCGUCCUGCUAAUUUUGUUCUUAUUGAUCCGGAAAGGAGUGUUCAGUACUGCACUUAUAACAUCUAAGAUGCAGAGUCCUUUGGACACCUUGUUCGAAGAGGCUGUCAAGAAGCAAAACCAAGACAGUCUAGAUAUGUGUUUGGCCGUUUACCGAGAUGAACAUAUCAACUACUACUACAAUGUUGAUGACUAUAGUGACCUUCACACUGGUAACUAUAUUAAUGAUCCCGAUGAUGAAGAUUAUUAUGAUGAUGAUGCAAUGGACGACGAGCUAGGAGUGCCUGAAGAGUACUCUGGUGGUAUCCACACAGGUGAUGAUGAUGGCCAACAAGGUUCAUCUUCAAUGUUUACAUGA